GUCAAGGCUUCACCAUGCUGGGAGUUCUCAUUCUAUCGCUGUGUCUUCAUGUGGUGUUGGGAAUCGUCGAUCCGAAGGCUACCCAGGAAACUCAAAAUCUUUAUAAAAGACUGAAAGCAUUGAGCAGGGAUGAAAGUAAAAUUUUGUUUGGACAACAAGAGCAUACAUGGCUUGGAGCUGAAGGUGGUCACUCUCCGUACCUGAUAGAUACUCUGACUCAUGACGGAGGUAUCCAAGGAUGGAUUUAUGGGGACUAUCAAGCUAAGACGAAGUCACUCGAUGAUUUAAGUGACGUGAAGAGAAUGACUGGUUCUUACCCCGCUUUGCUAGGUAUGGACUUUUCCAACGCAGACGACCCGAAACAUACUAUAACGUCAUCUUGGCUGGGCAGACUUGCUUAUGAAAGAGGGGAGAUAAUCACAAUGUCGAUGCAUUUCAGUAAUCCUGUAACUGGUGGUAGCCCGUGGAUUAACAACGAUAAAGGUGAUACUCUAAGAUCUGUCCAACGGAUCCUCCCUGGUGGUGAUCACCAUUACAAGUUUAACCAGUUGUUAGACAGAGUAGCCAACUGGACCAACUCGUUUAAAGAUUCCAAUGGUAAUCUUAUUCCGGUUAUUUUUAGAUUCCUUCAUGAAUUGAACGGCGGUUGGUUCUGGUGGGGACUAAAUAACAAGGCAAAGAACACCGAACAGGACCUCAAAAACUUGUAUAUUUACACAGUUGAAUACCUCCGAGACAAGAAAGGAGUCCACAACUUCUUGUACGCUUUCAGUCCGGACAAGUUCAAGGACGAAGCAGAUUAUCUUAAAACGUAUCCAGGAAGUCGAUAUGUAGAUGUUUUGGGUAUGGACUGGUACUAUGCUAGUGAUUAUGAUAAGAAAUCCACAUUUCAACAAUCAGUUAAAACCCUGGUCCAACUCGGUGAGAAGAAGGAUAAGAUUACAGCCAUAACGGAGACCGGAUAUAUGAAUAAUGGCCUUGAGAAGCAUACCGACUUCUGGAAAGAGUAUAUAUUGGAUGUCUUGAAACAGGAAGCAACGACUAAACGUAUCGCUUACGUAUUCACUUGGGCUAAUCAUUGUUUUGGUAACGGUCAUUGUGAGCUAUUUCUGCCCUAUAAAGGUUAUUCGGCUGAAGCCAAAUUCGUCAACAAUUUUUAUGCUGAUCCCUUAACUGUCUUUGAAAAUAAAAUUCCAAAUAUGUACACAUAAUUUGUACAUAGUCAUUCAACGAUAUAAAUGCACAUCGUUACACAUUUCCAAACAUACCCAAGAACAGUCUGCAUUGCAGCGCACACAAAGUGGAAAAUGAAUUCACAUAAUAUGACCGAAUAGAGAAGUCUGUUCUUAUGUAUGUUUGAAAACUGAAAAUGCAAUUUUAUCCUUGAAAGAAUUUAUACCAAAUUUUACGAUGAGUAAACAAUGAUUUCA